UCAGGCAAACCUCCAUUUGCCGGUAAUCCCCAUAUACCCCCCACUUGGUAAAAAUAAAGUUUAUAAACUUUGGUCCCCCUAUUUUUAAAGAUAUAUUCCCACCUCGGAAAAAGCCUCUGCAAUCCAAUAAAAGAGACUCACUGGGAUUUUCAGUUUCACAUUAAAGUAUUCUUGGUAAUAUAUGCAGUGGUCUUUUUGUGUUUGCUGAUUAAGAAUUAGGGAGAAAAAGGAAAGCGAAAGAAACAUUACAUACAACAAGAGCAAAAAGGAAGAAGAAGAAAGGAUUUAUAUUCAAAGAAAGUGAGGAAACAGAAGUUUAGUUUGUUUUUGUCUUGUUCUUUUAUCUUCUUCCCUUACUAUGUUUUUUCCUCCGUUUGGUUUGUUACUACCAAAUCCCGUUUCAUAGAGCCAGUUAAACAACAGCCAAACUCUCCUUUUUCUCUCUAUUACCAUCAUCAUCAUCAUCAAACAGCAAAAAGCAAAAAAGUACAAAGAGAUAGAAAGACAAGAAUCAGAAAACUCACAAUGGUUUUGGGAUGGCGAAGAGCUUUUUGCACAUCGAUCCCCAGAGAUCGAGAUACUAAAGAAAAGCAAGACAGCACAAACCCAACUCCGAGUCCAAGGAUAAGUUCCAAAUUUGGGUUUUUCUCUAACCCUUCAACGCCACGUUUCCAGUCACCACCAGUUUCCAGUUCAAUACUCCGUUGCCGGACCACUGCUGCUCCGCCAUCUACCUCCACUAUUCAGGCGGCGUCAGCUCCUGGAAGUCCAAAGCUUCAAUGCAAAACUAAAAACAGUCCACGGUUUUUCAAUAGCUCUACGCCAUCUUCCCCUCGUUCACCUUCCACUUUUUCGCUUCUCAAAUCCAGCUUAGGUUUUCCUAAGCAGACAAAGUGCGGCACAUGCUUACAGACGGUGAAGACUGGGCAAGGCACAGCCAUUUUCACGGCGGAAUGCUCUCACAGUUUUCAUUUCCCAUGUAUAGCAGCUCUGUUGAGGAAACAAACCGCCCUUGUGUGUCCAGUUUGCCAUUCUGAAUGGAAGGAGCUGCCUCUAUUGUCGAUACACGAUACUCAAAAGCCAGUGAAAGUUGAAGAGAAAACAAUUAGAGAAGUAUCUCCAUCACCCAAAGCUAAAAGAGAUGUCAAAUUUACAAAUGAAAGCAGCUUUCAAGGAAGGCCUAUUUUAAAGGUGUACAAUGAUGAUGAGCCACUGAUGUCUCCUACUUCUGGUGCUCGAUUCAAUCCGAUUCCGGAAUCAGAUGAGUACGAUGAGGAGGAGGAUAAUGUGGUGGAAGAAUUUCAAGGCUUUUUCGUCGAUGCAAACGUGAAGCCGGUGAAGGAGAGUUUGGUAAAUUUUACCAACUUCGAGUUGAGGUUAUUGCCUGAAGCUGCCGUUGUAUCUGUUGGCCGGAGUCAUGAAACGUACGUGAUUAUACUGAAACUGAAAGCUCCACCGGCGUUAGCAAGGACAGCUCGAAGAGCACCUAUUGAUCUUGUUAUGGUGCUUGAUGUUAGUGCAAAAAUGAAACCUCAAAAUAUCCAAAUGAUGAAACGUGCUAUGAGGUUAGUAAUAUCAUCGCUAUCCUCAUCCGAUCGCCUUUCCAUUGUCGCCUUCUCCACAACCUCUAAAAGGCUUUUACCAUUACGGAGAAUGACAUCAAGCGGAAAACGAUCGGCACGUCGCAUUGUGGAUGCUAUUGUUGCUCUAGAUGGAACAGGAACCAGUGCAAGCGACGCCCUCAAAAAGGCUGCCAAGGUUCUAGAAGAUCGCAGAGAACGUAACCCAGUCGCGAGCAUCAUGCUCUUAUCAGACAAUCCAAAUCAACGCUCCACCGCCACCACCACCAUCUCCACCAAUCAACGUUAUCAAUCCUCCAUCGUUUCCACCUGCACGCGCUUCAACAACCUGGAGAUUCCGGUACAUUCAAUCGGACUGAACCAAUCCAACGAAGAAACCUUCACGAAAUUCAUCGGACGUAAACUAAACUUCGUCGUUCAGGACCUUAAAGUUCAGCUAGGGUUCGUCUCCGGUUCAGCGCCGGCGGAAGUAGCAGCGGUUUAUUCCUACACAAACCGGCCCGCUUCACUCGGUUCCGGUUCACUUCGACUCGGCGAUUUCUACGCCGAGGAAGAAAGGGAAUUGUUGGUGGAACUAAAAGUUCCCACGUCAGUAAUUGGGGCCCACCAUGUAUUGUCCGUUCGAUGCUCUUACAAAGACCCAUCAACAGAAGAGCUCGUAUACUGUAAAGAACAAGCUCUUUUAGUCCCGCGUCCCCACGCCGUUCGAUCAUCAACUCCAAAUAUCCAACGGCUUAGAGACCUUUUCAUUUCCACACGUGCCGUAGCCGAAUCUCGCCGAAUGAUUGAGCGUAAUGACUUAACCGGCGCGCACCACUUAUUGUCCUCGGCUCGAGCUUUGCUCAUUCAGUCCAAUUCCAGCUCAACUCGCGAAUUCCUUCCUGGCUUGGAAACCGAGCUGUCUGAGCUACAUUACAAAAGGCAUAAUCAAGCUCAGUUUCAGUCUCAGUUUCAAUCUCAACCUCAGCGGCCGCAUCGGCGUAGAAUAGACGUACAACAAAGAGAAGAUGAUAAAGCUGAGCCGCUUACGCCAACAUCGGCUUGGAGAGCAGCUGAAAGGCUAGCUAAAGUGGCUAUCAUGAGAAAGUCGUUGAAUAGAGUCAGUGACUUACACGGCUUCGAAGAUGCAAGAUUUUAAUUGUUUUUUUUUUCUUUUUUUAAUAUUGUAGAAAUUAGAUCAAAAUAUAGGGCCUAUCCAUAUAAGGAAAAAAUAAAAAACGACAAGGGGUACCCGACGGCUCGGCGCUUUCUGCAGAGGAAAACAACAGAUAGUGAAAGGGUAAAGUGGGUACCCCACAUUUGGGUGAUUGAUUUGAUUAAGGCAGUCGGUGGGGCUGGGCAGGGGGUGUUAGAGGAGGUAUUAUGUGCUUUUGUCUUUUAUUAUCUCUCAAAACUUUUAUAAUCCUUUUUUUUAACUUUUAUUAUGUAGAGAUUUCAAUGAUGUUUAAAUGGAGAUGAACAGAAUAAUCCUUCUUCAA